AUUCAGUCUGUAGCCGUCUCACUCUGUCGGCGUGCGUUUGAGGGGACGGGCAGUAGGAGUUUUGCAGGAGCUGCCGGGUGAUACUACGCUGAAAUCGCUACUGGGAGGAGGCUUCAGUGCACAUACACUUAGGUUUACAAAACGGGAUUGCCGACGAAAUUAAAUAACUCCAAGAUAUAUUCCUGCCCAGAGUACGACAAUAGUUUACCACAUUUAUAAUCGUUUUGAUACAUCGCUCGCUACCAACCAAGGUAUUCAAGGUGUCGGUAAAUUUCAGUAGCUCGCUAGCUUGUUAGCUAGCUAUUUGUUAAUACCCCAUUCACAUAGCUAACGAAAUAGCAAGCUAAAGUGGUCCACCGUCGCGCCCCUCAAACGCAACAUCACCUUGCUCCGUAACUGGCCGGUUGAUUGCCCUGCUAUUAACUGCUAACGUCGUUGAGUAGCUUGGCCACCUGGAAGACGUUAUCGACAGUUCUACCCAAUCCCUUUCCCUCACCCCUAUCACCUUUGCCCCUACCCCUCAAUCCGAAACGCUGGAAAUCCACAAGAGGCCGGAGAGCGGCGACGGGCCAGCGAAGCUGGGGGUGUUACCGGACGCGCACGGAGUCGGAGCGGCUGCGGAGAGGCACAGUCGUGGGGAAGCAACGACAACCAUGGACGGGCUGGCGGUGGAGGUGCGCGGCUCGAACGGGGCCUUCUACAAGGCUUUCAUCAAGGAUGUGCAUGAAGACUCGCUCACAAUAGUAUUUGAAAACAACUGGCAGCCUGAGAGGCAGUUGCCUUUCUGCGACGUGCGCCUGCCGCCCCCAGCAGACUACCACAAAGACAUCGGCGAGGGAGACGAGGUGGAGGUGUACUCCCGAGCCAAUGAGCAGGAGCCCUGUGGUUGGUGGCUGGCCCGGGUUCGAAUGAUGAAGGGAGAGGUGAGUCAGGGACUGUUCUACGUCAUCGAGUACGCCGCCUGCGACGCCACCUACAACGAGAUCGUCACGUCGGAGCGCAUCCGACCCGUCAACCCCAACCGCCCCUCGUCCCGCAGCUCCUUCCACAAGGUCACCAUCGCCGCCCCCGAGGACCUCUGGGACAUCUGUGUGAAUGACUCCGUACACAAAGACUUCAGGAAGGCCAUCGGGGCCAACUGCAUCUUCUACAACUCCACCUCCCACGAGCUCAUCAUUCUGUCCACGAACGAGUCGACGGUGAAACGCGCCGGCCUGCUGAGCGACAUGCACUUCCGCAGCAUCCGCACCAAACUGAUGCUCAUGUCCCGCAACGAGGAGGCCACCAAGCACCUGGAGACGAGUAAACAGCUAGCCUCUGCAUACCAGGAGGAAGUGCGGGUCAGGGAGGACCUGAUGGGAUUGGCCAUUGGUUCCCAUGGCGCCAAUAUCCAGCAGGCGCGGAAGGUUCCCGGUGUGACCGCCAUCGAGCUGGAGGAGGAGAGCUGCACCUUCAGGAUCUACGGAGAGACUCCCGAAGCAGUGAAGCAGGCCCGCGUGUACCUCGAGUUCAAGGAGGACUACUUCCAGGUGCCCCGGAACCUCGUGGGGAAGGUGAUCGGGAAGAACGGCAAGGUCAUCCAGGAGAUCGUGGACAAGUCCGGGGUGGUGCGGGUCCGAAUCGAGGGGGACAACGACAAGAAGCUUCCCAGAGAGGAGGGAAUGGUGCCGUUCGUCUUCGUGGGGACGAAGGAGAACAUCAGCAACGCGCUCGCCCUGUUGGAAUAUCACGUGUCUUACCUGCAGGAAGUGGAGCAGCUGCGUCUGGAGCGCCUCCAGAUUGACGAGCAGCUGCGGCAGAUGGGGGUGGGGUACCGCGUGCCCCCCAGCCGCGCCGGGGGCCCAGGAGCCAAUGAGAGGGAGCGGGGGUACACGACGGACGAGAGCAGCAACUCCAUCCACGCCUCGCGCACCUACGGGGGGCGGGGCCGGGGCCGCAGGGCGUCCAACAGCCAGUAUUCCGGAUACGGCACCAACUCCGAGCUGUCCAACGCCUCGGAGUCGGAGGAAGUGGGCGACCGGGAGCCCCGCCCUCGGGGCGUCGGGGCGGACGAGAGGGGGUCCCGCCGCGGCGGCAGGGGCCGCGGUAACACCGGCAAUUCGGGACGGGGCCGGGGUGGACCCGGGGGCGGCCGGCAGGCCAACAACACCAUCAGCUCAGUGCUGCGGGACCCCGACAGCAACCCGUUCUCCCUGCUGGAGGGCGAGGGCGAGCAGGCGGGCGACACAGACGCCAGCGAGGGCACGGGCACCAACGGAGAGCGCCGCCGGCGCUCCCGCCGUCGCCGUAACGACCAGGAGCCCAGCCUGAUGGACGCCGCCGCCAACGAGUCGGACGGCCAGGCCUGCACCAGCGAGAACGGGCUGGAUGAAGAUGGUAGGCCCCAACGCCGCAACCGAAGCCGACGCCGCCGUAACCGUGGGAACCGUCCGGAAGGUGGCUCCCCUAGCCGUGAAAGACAGCCAGUGACCGUGGCCGAUUACAUCUCCCGCGCAGAGUCCCAGAGCCGACAGAACCUCCCACAGGACACACAGCCUGCCCCCCUGCCUAAGGAGAAUGGGAGCAGCGCUAAGGGAGAACGCACACCGGACAAGCGUUCCCCUAGCAACGGCGUGGCCACGCCCAGCGAGACCCUGGCCCUGGUCAACGGAGUGUCUUAAAGGCGCAGUGUCGCGCCGAACCAUCACGUCCAGAGCAAGACUUCACGGCAAACUCUGUCCCUGCUUGCAUUUACUUAAACCUUAAAACAGACGAGGGAAAUAUCGACAAAAAAAAAGCGAAUUCAUACGAGAGAGAGAAAAAAUACAAAAAAAAAAAAACGACAAAAGCAUCUACUUAAAACACACGUAACGGUGUAUGUUAUCCUAUCUAUCCGUACUUAGUGCUUAUUUAAAACUAGCUUGCCAACGAGGAGCUGGUGGAAAUGAUGACAUGAUUUUUAAGAAAUACUGAACACAGAAACAGGACGUGACUUUUCUUCUAUUUUGUGUUUGUUUAAAAUGUUUUUUUUGUUUUUUUUUUCCGUUUUUAAUUUUAUUUCUUUUUUUUUUUUUCUUUUGUUGUUGUUGGUUCUCACUGGUUCGGGAGUGUGUUAACGCUCCCAGAGAACAGGAGCGUUUCAGGCGAAGGUAAGGCAGGAAGGGGAGGGGCUACAUAAGUAACUGACAGGUGUCUUAACUACAUAGCGAAAGGGUGGCAACGCGGAGAAAAACAAGUGACAGGAAACGAGUGUACGGAAAGAGACAUUGUGCCUUGACAUUCAAAACUUGAGUUGGGUUUUUUGUUUUUUUGGUUAUUUUCAUUCACAGGAAGAUAAGAGGUUAUUAUCUUUCUUUUUUUUGCCUGAUGGGAGGAGAGAACAGACCAGUGGAGAGGGGGGGAGAGAGAGAGAGAGAGAGAGAGAGGGAUGAGUGUAGGGCCGCGGCAGGAAGGGAGGACGGGAGUCGGCAGGUGGGCGGGGCCGAGGGGACUGCCUGGAAAAAAGAGUCGUGCCAAAGCGUGUUCGAGGCGUGCGCUUUCACUCGGGAAGAAGGUGUGUGUGUGUGUGUGUGUGUGUGUGUGUGUGUGUGUGUGUGUACACGUGUGGAGUGGAGGGCUAAAGGUGACGGGACUGAGUGUGUGUGUACACGUGUGGAGUGGAGGGCUAAAGGUGACGGGACUGAGUGUGUGUGUGUGUGUGUGUUUGUUUCUAUACGUUUUGUGUGUGUGUGUGUGUGUCUGAGUGUGUUUCUGUAUGUUUUGUGUGCGUGUGUGUGUAUUUGUGAGUUGCGUGUGUUUGAGUGUGUGCGUGUGCGUGCAGAGCAGAGAGGGGUUACAGCUGAGGGAGUGGAAGUGGAGUUUAGGCCGCAACGCCAGCCCUGUUUGCACCGGUCAGGAGUUUGUUUUUCCUUUUUUUUCCGGAUGAGAAGCACGAGGUCGUCUCUCGUUUCCCCCGCCACCCCGUCCGAAUCGAACCCGAGCGAGCGGCGGGUUUUUUUUGGGACGUCCGCGGCCACGCCGAGCGCCCUGACCGGUCACGUGACCGCUCGGACCUGUGCGUUUUGUGACUGCUCUCGGAGUGAGGUCGUCCCGCUCUCACACUCACAGCCUGGCGGUAUGGCAGGGGUCAGGUGAAGGUCGCGGAGUAAUCUGGCUUUCCAGCAACACUACGCUCAGCGCCUUUAUGACUGCCGCGGCAUGCAGUUCAGCCGUGCUAUUGGCUGCUCAGUCAACCAAUCAGUGCUGAGACCGUUUUCAGACUACGAGAAGAAGGGGGGGGGGGGGGGCAAGGGGUUUCUAUCAGAAGGAUGACUGGCAGGUCGUGGAUACUGAAGUGAUGUGAGAACAUGGUCAGCUGGACACACAGACACACACACACACAGGCAGACAGACAGACAGACAGGGAGGCCUGUUUUGACCCCUGGCGGUGGGGAACCGUUGGAGUUGGCGGCUGGGCGGGAACGCCGCGGACGGAGCGCGGUUGCGUUGGCGGGUGCGUUGGCGGGUGCGUUGCGUCCUCGGCUCGUGUCACUUUCAUCUUCUUUUCUGCUCUCAACUUUUUUUGUUGUACUUUCCACAUCAUUAAAAAAAAUAAUAAUAAUAAAGUGAAGGUGAAAUAUCAA